GCAAGCCGCAGCAACCCUUGCACCGAAAACGAUAAAAUUUCCCUACUGAACGUUUUAUAAUCAAAGUCAACUGUUCACGCCUGACACAUCUUGUAUUUGCAGCAGAAACCAUUGCGGGUGCUUUUCGGAACAUUUUCGUGCAAGAAAACCACAUUUAAAAAAUGUCGGAAGUCACUUCUAAGAUCCCGAAGCCAGUGCUGCGCGGAUUGCACAAUGCCUCCAUCAAGCGCAAUCUGGUCGUGUCUGGUGUCCUGUGCGUUAUUAGUGUAGCUGCUUUCAACUUCCUUUACGUCGAACCGAAGAAGCAAGCGUACGCUGAUUUCUACAAGACCUAUGACGCUAACAAGCACUUCGAACGUAUGAAGGAUGCUGGUCUGCUGCAAUCCGUGAAGGACUAAAGUAGCGCCAGAUUGGUCUAUAAAGAUAGUUUAUUGCCGCUUCAUGUUUACAAGUAAUAAAUAAAAAGAUCACUUAACAU